AUGAAGCUACUCGAUACCAUCGCCUUUGUCGGCCUAAUGGCCAUCUCGACGGUGGCAACUACCAUUUUCGAGUCUACGGCCUCUUCGAUAUCUUCGACUGCUGGUAUAGAAGCUCUUGUGAAGCGGCGGUUGCCGCAACAUGCUGAUUCAUUCAUCUUUUCCUUGUCUGCAAAUGUCGAGUCGGAAUCGGAAAGCUACACUGUUACCAACGCAGAGGACGGCAAAAUCCGCGUACAGGGAGCCUCGCUAAGUUCCAUUCUCUACGGUCUCCAUUCCUAUCUCUCCGAUGUUGUCCACGUUGACAUUUGGUGGUAUGCCGGCAGUCAGCUCGAAGAUGCACCGUCCAUUCUGCCUCAGCUGUCUUCACCGUUGACUGGAUCAAGUAUCGUACCAUAUCGUUAUGACUUCAACACAGUCACCACAUCUUAUACAGCCGCGUUCUGGACUUGGGAAGAUUGGGAACUCCAACUGGACUGGAUGGCGCUGCGUGGCAUCAAUCUGGCACCAGCUUGGAUUGGAGUCGAGAAGAUAUUCACCCAAGUCUUCCAAGAGGCCGGUUUCUCAAAUGACGACAUCCUAGACUUUUUCACUGGCCCUGCCUUUCUUGCUUGGAACCACUUUGGAAACCUACAAGGGUCGUGGUCCAGUAAUCUGCCGUUUGAAUGGGUUGACAACCAAUCUGCUUUGCAGAAACAGAUCGUCAGGCGCAUGGUGGAGCUGGGCAUAACGCCUAUCCUGCCAGCAUUUCCUGGCUUCGUUCCUCGAGCAGCGUCUCGCGUACUGCCAGAAGCUCAGCUACUUCACAGUGUCCAAUGGGCUGGCUUUCCGGAGCAGUACACGGAAGAUACCUUUGUUGAUCCUGUUGAUCCUCUGUUUGCGCGAAUGCAGCAGAGUUUCAUUACCAAGCAACAACAAGCAUAUGGGAAUAUCACCAACUUUUACACACUUGACCAGUUCAACGAGAUGAUACCGCCUUCAGGUGAUGUGGCUUACCUCCGAAACGUGAGCUCGAAUACAUGGAAGGCACUUAAGUCGGCGGAUUCCAAAGCAAUAUGGGUGUUUCAAGCAUGGCUCUUUGCGGAAAAUACGACCUUCUGGACGAACGAGCGCAUUGAAGCAUAUCUUGGUGGCAUCACCACUGACAGCGAUAUGCUCAUAUUGGACCUUUGGUCAGAAUCGAUGCCACAAUGGCAGCGUGCGCAAUCAUACUAUGGCAAACCUUGGAUCUGGUGCGAGUUGCAGAACUACGGGGCCACAAUAAACCUGUAUGGCCAGAUCCAGAAUGUGACCCAAAGCCCUAUUCUAGCCCUGGAAGAGUCAACGUCUCUAGCUGGCUUCGGUCUCUCCAUGGAGGGCCAACAGGAUAAUGAGAUCGUUUAUGAUCUUCUCCUUGCUCAGGCCUGGAGUAGUGAACCUAUCGACACGGAACUCUAUUUUCGCAACUGGGCCGCCGCGCGGUAUUCUAGCGACAAGCGACCACUGAGCGUCUACACUGCAUGGGAAACUGUUCGUACCACCGUAUACGACAAUACCAAUCUUACUUUGAUGCCAUCCGUGCCCAAGUCAAUCAUCGAGCUUAUCCCGAGGACGAGCGACAUGGCCGAUAUCACUGGGAUUCUAGGCACCAAGCUUCCGUAUGAUCCAGCCAUCAUGGUAACCGCUUGGAAACAGCUCUACCACGCUGGGUUAGAAGAUACUUCGCUCUUCGACAAUUCGGCAUAUCGGUACGAUAUUAUUGAUUGGACGCGCCAGGUGCUAGCUAAUGCAUUCAUACCCAUCUACAAGAAAAUUGUAGAAAUCUAUUACAUGCCUAAUCAAACGACGGAAAGCCGAGUCACCCAGUUAAAGGCACAAGGCCAGCAUCUCACCGAACUACUUCUCUCCCUCGAUCUUGUCCUCUCCUCGAACAAGAAUUUCCGGCUCUCGACUUGGCUAUCAGCAGCGCGCUCAUCUGCCCCAAAUCCAGCAAAUGCAGACUCUUUUGAGUAUGAAGCACGGAAUCAAGUAACUCUAUGGGGUCCUUCGGGCCAACUCAUCGAUUAUGCUUCAAAAGCAUGGUCUGGACUGAUGAAGACAUACCAUUUGACGCGGUGGCAGAUGUUUGUCGAGUAUCUAAUUGCGACGCCGCCGGCACAGUAUAACCAGACAGAAUUCCAGGACCAAUUACUAGUCUGGGAGCUAUCUUGGGUGAAUAGCACCGGAGCGCAGCCAGAGGAGCUAAAUACCAAAGCGGACAUACAGGGAAUUCUCAUCAAAACUGUACAGCAAUGGGGUGAAAUAUUUGCAUAG